CCUUUGAGACUUGGAGCAGGCUGAUCUCUGUGAUGAAUCCAAAGGGCAUGGACUGAGCUCGGAAUAUGUUUUUUUUUUUUUUUUCUUCACCUUGAAAAACUGUGCGGUCGUCAAGUGGAUUUGCCGCCUGUAAGACAACAGGGUUGUCAUUCGUCUUCGUCAUGAAGGCGACCCAGCGGAUGAAAUUAAUGAAGCACUUUGGUGCUGUGCCGCCUGAUCCGCCGCCGCCUCUGCUGGUGGUGCCCAAGUCAGACAUGGAGGAGCUAACGAUAUGGGAGCAGCAUACAAUAACACUGAACAAAGAUUCCAAAUUGGGCUUUGGCUUUGCCCUAUCUGGAGGCAGGGACAAAGCUCAUCUGGAUAACGGCGAUACGGCGGUGAUCGUGUCCGACGUGCUGCCAAAUGGACCGGCCAUGGGACGCUUGUUCAACAAAGACCAGAUCGUUAUGGUCAAUGGGGUUUCCAUGGAGAACGUCCACUCCAACUUCACCAUCCACACCCUCAAGUCAUGUGGCAAGACGGCUAACAUAACGGUGAAACGUCCUCGCAAGAUCCAGAUCCCUGCUACGAACAGACCGACUCGGGCCGCCUCCCACUCCAACCUGUUGGACCAAGACCCCCCGAGGAGAACGCGACGCUACUCGGACGCCAGCGACAACAGAGAUGCCAGUCGCUACCACAUGCGGGCUCGCAGCUCCUCGCCUGACCGCAACCACGCGCGGGCGCGCAGCUCCUCGCCAGACCGCAACGGCUACGGAGGCACGCUGCCCUUGAUGUCGUCGGGGUACAAGAGACUGCCGCACCACGACCUCGAUGACAAGCCCCUCAGAACCACACUGGUUAAAAAGAAAAUCUCAGAUGAGUACGGCUUGAAACUGGGCAGUCAGAUCUUCAUCAAGCACAUGACUGAAACGGGCCUGGCAGCAAAGGAAGGCACCCUGCAGGAAGGCGACCUGAUUCUGAAGAUCAACGGCAUGACCACAGAGAACCUCUCCCUGCUGGAGACCAAGCACCUGGUGGAGAAGAGCCGCGGCAAGCUGACCAUGACGGUGCUGCGCGAUCACCGCAAGUUCCUGGUCAGCAUCCCCGAGGUGGAGGACAGCGCCCCCAACAGCGAGGAUGAGCGACGGCGGCGGCGGCAAGACAGCAGCUCCGAGAUGGAGGACAUUUCCGACUUGGAUGAUCGCUCACCUUCUCACAGAACAUCCCGUCAUCCUACCAGAGAGAAACGGACGCACAGAGCCAGAGCAGAACUUCCUCCUUCGGUGCUCAAAUCCAGGGAUUCUUCCCCCGUGCGCUCCACUUUGACUCGCCCCCCAGCAAGAGGCUACGCAUCUCGCCGAGCCCCGUCUGACUCCGAGUCGGACCGCAGCGCCUCGCCGCCUCCCACCCGGACGGACAGUCUGAGCCACUCCAGUAAAUACAAAAGCCUGUCUGGUUUGUCCAUGCUGCCCAACCCCAGGUCCUCACCCGCCAUCCAGAACUAUUCAUCUUCCAGGCCCGCCUCGUCGUCCUCAAGGCCCCGCAGGCCCGUGUCGGACUCUGACUCCGACCACAGCGCCUCAGACAGCAGAUAUAACCCCAGAGUUAUUCCUCCUGCUGAUCUGUCCCACUCUGGCCUGAGAGCUUCCCCCAUCCUGGUGCGCCAGGAGCCCCCAAGGAGGGUCAGUUCUCCCCUGAGAGUCCCUCCCCCAGACUCCGAGUCGGAGUCUGAAGGCAGCUCGGCGCCUCCUCGGAGGCAGAGCGCCGCCUACAGUCAGGACUCGUACGGCAGCAGCAGAUACAGAGCGUUGCCGACGGACCUUUCCUCUCAGCCGGAAAAUAGGCGGCACAGCGCUUCCGGUGUCCCGGUCGGCCGUGCACCACGUCGAGCUCCGUCCGAGUCGGAUUCGGAGGACAGUUAUGGGUCUGCCCCUCGCAGAUAUUCAACGGACAGCGACAAGUCAGACAGAGCCAAAAACAGAUACAGAGUCCUUCCUGAGAUCAAGUCUUCUUCGGUCGAUGUGAAUCCGGAGCCAGCCCGCCGAGUCUCGUUGCCUGUGCAACCUCCUCCUGAUGUUUCCUCCGAGUCCGACGAUCUGUCGCACCUGCGGAGGUCGGGCAGCUCAGACCGCGGGGAUAGCCGACGCAGUAACAGUGCUCCCGAUGUGCCUCACAAUGGUGGCACCAUGAGAUCUGGGAUCUCCGUGAGGAGCAAUCCACCAGUCAGCUCACCAGCAGCAGCACCGGCCCCUGUUCCCGCCAAGUCUGCUGAAGAGCCCAUCUACUCAUUGCCUCCAGACUCGUACCCGACAUCCCCCCAAGGGUACAGCUCCGACAUGCAGGCGGUAUCGUUCAUCAAGGAAGGCAGCGUGGGCCUCAGGCUGGUGGGCGGCAACGACGUCGGCAUCUUUGUGGGAGGGGUGCAGCCCAACAGCCCCGCGUACAAGCGGGGAAUGAAAGAGGGUGACCAGAUUUUGAAGGUCAAUAACACCGACUUUGGCCACUUCACUCGAGAGGAGGCAGCAAAUUUCCUGCUUAACAUCAAGAGAGGAGAGAGGGUAGCGAUUCAAACUCAAAAUAAGAUGGACAUUUAUAAGAAGAUCAUAAAGUCCAACCUGGGCGACAACUUCUACAUCCGCACGCACUAUGACCACGAGACCGAUCACCCCAUCGGGCUGAAUUUUACGCGAGGAGAGGUGUUCCGAGUGGUAGACACGAUGCACCGCGGGAAGCUGGGCAACUGGCUGGCCAUCCGCAUGGGCAACGACCUGCACGAGCUCGAUAAAGGCACCAUCCCCAACCAGACCAGGGCGGAAGUGCUGGCCAGCCAGGAGCAGGCGCAGAGGAUGAGCGGCGAGAAGCCAGUGUCGGGGCCCAGGGCCGAGUUCUGGAAACUCCGGGGCCUCAGAGGGAACAAAAAGAACGAGAAGAACGCACGACGCUCACGGGACGACCUCCUGCAGCUCACCAUUCAGGGCAAAUUCCCGGCUUACGAGAGGGUCCUGCUCAGAGAAGCCAAUUUCAAGCGGCCCAUCGUCAUUCUGGGUCCUCUUAACGAUAUCGCUAUGGAGAAGCUAGCGAGGGAGAUGCCUGAUGAAUAUGAAAUAGCUGAGAUGGUUCCUCGCAGUGGGGGCGGUGACAGCAGCUCAACGGUUAUCAAACUGGACACCGUGAGGAAGAUAGCUGAAAAGGACAAGCACCCCCUGCUGGACAUCACGCCAACCGCCGUGGAGAGGCUCAACUACAUCCAGUACCACCCGAUGGUGAUCUUCUUGGACCCGCACAGCCGCAAGGACGUCAAAGCCAUGAGGCAGCGCUACAGUCCCGACUCCAACAAGAGCUCCAGACGCCUUUACUCGCAGGCGCUCAAGCUCAGGAAAGACUGCAGUCAUCUUUUCUCAGCGCGCGUUGACUUGCAGCCCGGCUCCAAUAUUUGGUAUCAGGCUCUAAAGGACAAGAUUCGCCACCAACAGUCUAAACCAGUCUGGGUUUCUGAAGUCACGUUGGAGAGCGGUGGAGAACAGGACCUGGACGCACUGGAUCAAACUCAGUCCGACUACCUCAGUGCCGCCAGUGACCUGGAGGACACGGACGGCGAGGCCUUCACAGACGGCGAGGCCUAUACGGACAACGAGGACCUGGAGGAGGCCUACCCGGGUCAGCACGCAGCCAGGAGCUCAAGAGUGUCUGGCACCGCCCUGGCUCGCUCGUCCGAGCCCACCUGGGGCAGUCCCGACGAGGAGCUGGACCCUGAGCCUUACGCCGAGGUGUACUCGCCAGGCAGAGAGAUCCCACCUCUGAUGCACGUGCCGGAACCCGCCACGCUCCGUCGCCAGAGCCGCAGCCCACCUCUGCAUCAUCCGGACGAUAUUCGUUCACACCGCAGUUUUUCGGACUCUGACUUCAACCACCUCGACACCAUUGCACCCACCACUCCGUCAGACGGACCCCCGGAGUUUAUCGCUCCCGACCCAUCCACGCGUUACUCUGUCAGCGAGCCGUAUGGGGAUGAGCAGCCAGGGAGCCCACAUCAAGCCAGUCUGUCUGCCAUUGAGAACCAAUUAGAGCAGGCUCGACAGGCAGAGCUACAGACGCAAGCGGAGGAGAAGAAGGCCCUUCAGUUCAUCGUGGUGGCACAUCACCAAGCGGUCCAGGUCAGACGCACGCAGAUCCGAGGCGGGAGCAACAGCUCUGAAGAGGAUGAAGAGUACGAGGAUGAGGACAUCGAAUGGGGUCCAGCGACAGAACUGUAGACAAGCCACCAUUUGUCCACCAUUUGAGUCUGAACGAACAACGAAAGACGCUCCAAGACACUUUUUUUUUUUUGAUAGUUAUCCCCAAUCUGAACUCAAAUUUUUAUAUAAAUGCCUGAUUCACUUUAAAAAGUACUGUGUAGCACAAUUUAAGGUGAAAAUUGGUCUUAUGUAAACUCUGUAUUAAAGCAUCAAUGUUUUUUUUUCUACUUGUGGAAUAGGGACUGAGUGCAUAUCAAACCUCAGAGGAACUGCUUUGGUU